ACAGAUCAAUGAGGCGCAGAAGAAGUAGCAGCAGCAGGAGUAACGGCCUGACGCAGGCGGACGCUGCUGCUGCUGCGUAUUUCAGGAUCCACCGCGAACUAAUGGUUAACUGUGGCGGACUUUGGAAGCUGCGCGCUGCGUGUGUGUUCUGGAUGCGGUCGCCAGGUAGAGGUCGAGUGUAACCGCUGUUUUGGUUGACUCCGGUGUUGAAGAGGAAUGAAACGGCCGCCGAGCUGCGCCUCUUCCUAACGAGCCCCGGCGGAUGGACACGAACUCCAUCUUUGCGCAGAGUUGUUGUGUGUUUUGAAUUGACCGCUGCUCCGAAGUCAUGGCGAACGACGCGGUGAAGUCGUUUGUGCGGGUUUGCCGUUACCUCCAGGAGCCCUGUCAUGUGGCGAGGUUUCAAAAUAUCUGCGGCGUCAAAGGCACGUUCACGGACAAGCCGGGCAGCGGACCCCCGGGGACAGACUGUCCCGGGCUGAGGAAGCGGCUCCACGGCUCGGAGGUCGGGAACGGAGCGGCCGGGGACGCCUCCGCGCCGCAGCUCAACGGGGUGCAGGGGGACACGACCGCCGAGCCCGACGGUUCUUCAUCAUCUUCAUCACCAUCAGCGGCUAAUGUCGCUAAACCCCUCCGGAGGAACUCCCUGACCGGAGACGUGGGUCAAGAGUUCCUGAUCCACAACAAGUUCCUCUUCUACCUGUUCACGUUCGGCACCGAGCUGGGCAACGAGAUGUUCUUCAUCGUCUUCUUCCCCUUCGUCUUCUGGAACAUCGACGCCCUGGUCAGCCGGAGACUCAUCGUGGUCUGGGCCUGGAACCUGUUCGUGGGUCAGUCCACCAAGGACAUGGUCCGCUGGUCCCGGCCGGCCUCCCCGCCCGUGGUGAAGGUGGAGGUCUUCUACAACUCCGAGUACAGCAUGCCAUCCACACACGCCAUGACGGGGACGGCCAUCCCCUUCUGUCUCUUCAUGCUGACAUAUGGACGGUGGCAGUAUACCUUCCUGUUUGGCUUGUGUGUGGCUCUAAGCUGGAGCAUCCUGGUGUGUGUGAGCAGAGUCUACAUGGGGAUGCAUUCUAUCCUGGAGGUGAUCACUGGCUUCCUGUACAGCCUCCUCAUUCUCGCCUUCUUCCAUCCCAUUUUGGACAAGAUUGACACCUUCUACAUGAUGGACCACUACGCUCCGCUUGUGGUUAUCGUCUCACAUGUGAGCCUGGGACUUGUGGCGUUCUCCCUGGAUUCCUGGAGCACCUCUCGGGGAGAUACGGCUCAGGCCCUGGGCACCGGGGUGGGAAUCGCUCUGGCAACCCAUGUGAACUAUCAGCUGGGGCUGCUGCUGGAUGUGCCGCUCUCCUCACUUCCUCUAACGUUACCGUCAAUCAGCGCCGGCCUGGUGGUCUGCUCGCUGCUGCGCUUCCUCCUUGGAGUCGCCGUCCUCCUGGUCACGAGGAUGGUUAUGAAAGCAGUGACUAUUCCCUUCUUAUGUCGCCUGUUUGGGCUGCCGUCGGAUGAUGUGAGACAGGCGAGGCAGCACAUGAAAGUGGAGCUGCCGUACCGUUACAUCGUCUACAGUGUUGUCGGGUUUAACUGUGCCUGUGUGGUGCCUCUCCUCUUUAGGAUCCUAAACCUUGCCUGAGUGUUGUGUUCCAACUGUCGAUGUGCUGCUGACAUGUUCACCCACACACUAAAGGCAAACAACACUUGGUUACAUGACGAUAACUGUUCAAAGUCAUUUGGUUUUGUUCUAUAUUUUUCUCUUUUGUUAUUAUCAACAAACCCCAUGAAAAGACCAUAAUCAAUUAUGAAUGUAUCUUACUAACAAGAAAGUAAUUACUUAAUCCAAAAACUAUUAAAAACUCAUCAGUGAGCGACCUUGCUGAACUUGCUGAAAUUUUUAUUCAUCACAUUAAAACAACCACUCUAGUUUGUAUAUUCAUGUUUUUUUGUUGCUAUUUAUUUCAAGGUCAGUUGAGAACAUCUGACCAACUGCAAGAGCUACAGAAGUCUGACGUAAGAAUUAUCCUUAUCGUCUGUUUAUUGGGCCAUUAUUUAACAACUUGGUGAAAACAGUGAUGUAAUUAUUGUAGAUACAUAAGCAGGUUUUAUUUUUCUGCAGCACUUUUUUUCGAAUCUAGUUCUGACACAGCAGUCCCACUAUAGUCCUCCUGAUUCUUGAUGAUUUUUCUUCUACCGCCGAUUUUCAGUCGUAGUUUUUAUGCUUUGGUUGCCAACAUUUCCUGCAUGCUUCAACCUGUUGUUUUUUUUCUUCUCAUUUUUUUCAAUAUUAAACUUUCUUCAAAUUUUCUGAUUUUAUAAUGAGUGUCUGUGGGAGGGAAGUGGGACAUUGUGCAUUUUCAGCCUGAUUCAGCAAAGAAUUUCAGCAACUCAGCGUUUUGAUUCAAUGUCACAUUUGCCUUUUUGCUGCUGUAAAUACACUUAACAUGUGUUAAUCCAAAAAUAAUCAAAAUAGUCCCAAACAAAUAAGCUAUUUAUUCCAGUUUGAGUGUUAUCGGAUAAAAAACUGCAGUGUCUGAGUGUUGUAGGAAAUAGGUUUUCUCUUUUAAAUAAAAGUAUAUAUUUGUGAUCCUUAUUUUAAGAUUUACAUCUUCAUUAAGAAUCAACGGGCUUGAUUGAGCCUCAUUGUUUGUUUGGGACUUUUUCAUGGGAUUUGUUGUCAGGAUGAUAAACCUCCUGUGGUCGGCACAUGUAAGUGUUAACUGGAACAUUUCAAACAAAUAAUCUAUCAGAUGUACUGUAAUGAUUAUAUUCAUCAUUGAGCAGAAUCUGUUUUACAUUUACAUUAUUUGAUUGAAAUCAAAGAAUAGAAUCAGUGUUAACUCAUAUCACUUCUCAUUUGCUGCUGUGUUAAAUUACAAAACAGCCUGGAAGUAAUAGAUUACUUUAAGUAUUUACGUUUCCAUGGUGUCAGGGUAGUUUGUGAUCUCUAUGUAAAUAUGGAACAACUUUUCCCUCUGUUGAUUUAUCACAGUUUUUCCACAUCUGUCGUCAGCAUCAUCGUGUUGCCUUCUUCUUUUUCUACAAAUCUUGUACCGCAACAUUGUUUAGUAAUUUUAAGUUUAAACCAAGUGCUCUCUUAAAUAAUCAUUUGAAAGUAUAGAAUCAAGAGGAAACAAAUAUUUUUGAUAAUUUAUUUUAUCAUCUUAAUAUCUCUGGCUGAAAAGAAUCUAAAUAUAUUAUUAUGAAAAUUCAAAGAGACUUUUCAGCUGAAGUCCUUAAACUACAGGAUACAAAUCACUGACUCUAGCUCCUGUUCAAAUGUAAUUUUUUUUUCUGUUGCAAUGUAUUAAUUGUUGAAUGUUCAUUUAGGAAUAUGAAUUUCAGAGCGCUCGUAUCAUGAGUACUCGUGGAAUAUCUAUAGAUCUAAUAUCAACUCAUCUUUUUUUCCUGUUAUGCAAAAGGACUGUAUCUGAAAAAAUACGGAAAAAGGAUAAAUAAAAUAUUCAAAAUAUAAA